AUGGAGACUCAGGACAGCAUCGACAUUGCCCGUCUGCAACGCGUCGCGUUGGGGCUUGAGCACGAACCAUCCCAGUCCAGUUUCUUCAAGCCAUCCGAAUUAUCCAAACUUCCCCAAACCCAAUCUACGAAUUCCAAUCACCACGCAACCCCCUCUCAUGGUGAGGAUUCUGCAACUGCCGACCGAUUCCAUCCUGAAAUCUUCUCCGACGCCGCCGAUCUCCUCGAUCAACUGUCAGAUCCCUCAUUGAUGAAACAGCAUGAAACGGACCCAAUGAAUUCUACAAGCAGUGAGAACAACAAGACUAUCUCAGUCUCCGAGCCAUCACCCGCAACGAUGGACCCUGCCACCGUCAUCCCGAGCGAUACCCAAGUUGUCUCACAAUCCGUGUACGAUAGCAUCAUUCAGAAAAAUGGGGAAUCUAUGUAUGAUGCUUCAGAAAAUGGGGCAGACGGUGCUACACUUAUGACAUUGCAUAAAGGUGACAGUGGACACAUUGAUCUUCUCGACGGAUUUGAUACAUUACAACAUGACACCAAUGUAUCACCUGAACAAGAUGAAGGAAGCAAUUAUGAUCCAACCGAGUCCUCUCCAUUGCCAUACCACCCCGAGUUCUUCCCUGAAUCCCAGCGCUUCUUAACCGCUACCCCGGGGACUGCUGUGAAGAUCAAUCGAACCCCACGAACAUUGGCCGAGACCCCUAGUCUUUCACGGAAUCCUCUCGCUGGAGAAAUCGAGUCGAGCGGAGGCUUCAUGGGUCUGAGCCAGCUAUUUAGAGCCACGCAGGCCCCGUCUUCUCCCCUUGUCCAUGGCGUUCAGACAGAAAUUCCAUCCGAUCGUCCAUCCCCGAAUAUUCCAAUACAACAAGCACGAGUCAUCCAUAAUCCUUCAUCGCCGCUGGUUCAUUUCGCCAGAGAAUCCUCAGAGCCGAAUCUCAACUAUAUAUCUAUGAAAGAAUCACAAUCAAGGCGUGAUAGGACUUUGGGCGAGAGAUUAACUCGGUCAGCAGAUGAUAUGCAAUCGGAUGAUCCACUUGAUCAAGAAUUCAACAAAGAGUCCAGUUUCGUCGAGAAUGCCCGACGACAGCGGCAGCUAGACGAAGAAGCCGCUGCUCAAUUUGCAGCACUGAACGCUCCUGACGGGCUGGAUACUUGGGCUCCUUCCCCAGAUGGAACUGAUGUACACAAUGAAAAUGCAGGGGCGGGAAGCGAGGAAGAAACGGAACAGGAAGAUGAAAUUGCUCCACAAGUACCCCAAUCGCAAGAACUUGCUCAUUCUUCAGAAGAGGAUAAAGAAAACUUCAAUGGCCCUACUGGUCCUGUGAUUGGACAUAGCAGUGCGCAUGAUCGGCUCUCACAGGCCCUAGCAAUCGACAGUGGAUCAUCAUCGCGAAACGACACAAUACCGCAAAGUGAGGCCAGGACUACUCAACUCGACUCAAUGGAGGAGCGCGUUCCAGAAAGCCACGAGGAUCAGUAUCCUAGCCGAUCUUCUCAGGUGAUGGUAAUGGAUUCGCAGCAGUCGCCUCUGCCAUCACCCAGGCCUGACAACCAUCAGUCCGACCCGCAGCCACAGCCUGAUGAGAUGGAGCUUGACCCUGCCCCGGUAAAUGCUGAAAACGAGAAUAAGUCACCUGCCCAGAACCACAAGCGGAAUUCGCCAUCUCCUUCACAACAAGCAGAGCACCGACCAGAUGCAAACGCAAGUCCCCACCAACAUGAUUUCGGGGCUGAGAUAAUUAAAAAUACUUCAUCCAACGAAAUCAAUCGCCCUCCAUCCAGCAACUCUCAUAAGCCACAGAUGACUGCACCACUUGGGAAUAGCUCUCAAACUGGCGAUGGGAACAAGUCUUCUUCAAUGCCUUCCCGCAUCACUGAAACACCUGUUCACCCACGCCCCACUGUUGACGAUAUGGCCGGAUUGACAAGUAUUCCCGAAACAAGCCCCAAUAAUACCGAGAACAAUGACUGGGAGGCGCAAUCAAAUGCCGAUGGAAUGAACAAUGAGGAUGACGACCUUCCCCCCAUGUUCCCUGUUGGUAGCGCCCAUCGCAUUAGCCAAGUGAGAGGCGUACAGUCUCGUGCGCUCUCAUCGCCUAUCAAGGGUUUACAAGCACAAGCACAGGCUCAGGUUCUGUCUAGCCCGAGUGGAAGACAACGUCGUGCGUUGACUGAUAUUGCCUCCGACUGUUCCCCUCAAGUCGACUUCAAGUUCGGGGACAUCUCCUUUGAUAUAUUCACUGCCGAAGACGAGCAAUUCAAUUCCCUAGUUAUUGAUGGCUCUCCAACUCGCCCUCGCAAAAGACGACGAGGUAAUCUAGGCCAGAGCUUAGGUCCAAGCUUCAACACAUCUGACACUGCAGUUCCCGCAACUCCACGAGCGCUGCCUCCGAAGACUACAGAGCCCAUCCGUGAAAGUCCUGUUCAACAACUUUCCACUACGCCAGAACAGCAGCCUAAAACUGCUGUGCGCAAGCGCGGUAGGCCCCCUCGUCAAGACAAAAACAUCUGGGAAAUUGAGAACUCUCCACAACAGCAGAUCAUACGACGAAGGGGGAGGUAUCCCAAGCAGCCGGUGCCAAAAGCAGCCGCGGAGCGCCCUAUAUCAGUGGAGAAAGAGCAAAUUCAAAAGUCUUCGCAACCUGCUGUGAUUAUCUACAAUUCUCAGCAGACCAAAUCAUCGCAACGCAUUCUUUCAUCACAGAAUACUCAAUUGUCGGAGCUGACGGAUCUUGAUUACGACUCUGAAGACCGGCUUCCGUCAGAAAGCAAUGCCACCAACAGUCCCCCGACAACACCACGUGCCUUUACUGCUCCUUUUGAAAAGGUUGAGGUUGCUCCAACUCAGGUUCUUGCGGUGUGGCAAGGCCAGAAACGUGCAUACUACCCCGGUAAUUGCUUAGGAAUACCGCCUAGUCAUCCGGACACAAAGCUUUAUGUGAAAUUUGAAGACAGCGCCCCUGUUGAGGUGAUUAAAAGCGCAGUCAAGAGGCUUGAACUGCGGGUUGGGGACGGAGUCAAAGUUGAAAUGCGUGGUGUUCCCAAGGUCACCCAUAUUAUCCGUGGCUUCGACAAUAAGCUCACCAAAGAUGACAUCGCUCGUGCCACUGCAAGUGGGUAUACUCCUCAAACCGAUAUUUACGGCUAUUCUACAUUGAUACUCGGUCCUAAACAACGCAAAAGUCUUCCCAGCGGCGGCCUCAAUAAGCGGGAGAAUCUUAUCAAGGUACCGAUCUCUCAGAUCUAUUUAGACACGAUUCUUUGGAAUCAGCUCAAAGACCGCCACUUUUCAUAUCAGCCAGAACCAGCCCCCCAGACGGUUGCCUCUCACACUCACACUCAUGCCCAUACCCCCUCCGAAAAGUCCUCUCUGCCUGGGUCUCCCAGCGCACGCCUGCCUCGAUCUACCCAGUCUACAGGCGGAGUAUUUGCAGACAUGGCUUUUGCUGUCUCCUUCAAAGAGGGUGAGGCUUCCAAGAAUCGGAUUACAAAACUUAUCACAGAUAAUGGUGGAAAGGUUUUGCAUGACGGCUUUACGGAACUAUUUGAACCUGCAUCAAUUCUUCCUUUCGACACACCGCCGAGAUUACACGGGAAGUCUACGGCUGGUAGUCACGGGCUACAAUUAACACCUUUCGCCGAGAGUAUGGGUUUUGCUUGUCUGAUCGCCGAUACUUACUCUCGUCGCGAAAAAUAUAUGCAGGCACUAGCACUUGGUCUACCUUGUCUCUCAGGUCGAUGGGUCGAAGACUGCGUCGCCGCCGGACAUGUUAUUGAUUGGGAGAUCUAUCUGCUGCCUGCUGGCGACUCAACAUACCUUAAUGGCGCCACAAAAUCUAGAAUGAUGAUACCCACGCCACCUUCGGAGUCUCGCCUCGCCGAGACAAUUGGCGCAAGACCCAAAAUGCUAACGGGAAAGUCUGUGCUUAUUGUAACAGGACGUGGGAAGUCAGAGGAGAAGCGCAAGGCAUACAUAUUCCUCACAUUUGCCUUGGGCGCUUCACGCGUUGAACGUGUACCUGAUCUUGAGACUGUCCGUGCUAUACUAGAAUAUCAAACACAGGUCUCUCUUCCUUGCAAAUGGGACCUGAUCUAUGUUGACGAUUCAGAUUAUGCUUCUGCUACAUCUAUGCUGACUCCCAAGACACGGAGAGUCUCCCAAGUUCAUGGCAAGAAGCGCAAAUUUGACAUGUCAGAUUCCACGGAUGAUUCGAAACCCAUCGCGAUGGUUGUUGGGAAUGAGUUCUUUUGUCAAAGUUUGAUCCUGGGAAGGCUGUUUGCGCAGCGAUGA